AUGGUCCAGGACGCUGAGAAGUUUGCCGAGGAAGACGAGCUUCUGAAGAAGAAGGUCGAGUCUCGCAACGCCCUCGAAAGUUUCGCAUACUCUCUCAAGGCCCAGCUGUCCGACUCUGAAGGACUCGGCGGCAAGCUCGACUCGUCAGACAAGAAGACGAUCGAGGCCGAGAUCAAGAAGGUGCAGGACUGGAUCGACAGCGAGGGCGCGACCGCCACCGCCGAGGACUUUGACGAGCAGCGCGAGCAGCUUCAGGCUGCUGUGGCGCCUAUCACGGCCAAGGUUUACUCGAGCGGCGCGGGUGGUGACUCGUCGUCGUCGUCCGGUGGGUACCACGACGAGCUGUAG